CUAUCCAGCUGCAGCCAUAUAGCCCCGCAGCAUUAUACGCCCACUCUACCCGCUACGCGCGCCCUUGCUGGAUCGCCCGCGCGCAAUUGCCCGUACCACAGCUCCAAAUAUCCGCCCUGAAUCCCAAACCCCGCCAAAUUCAGGCCGUCGACGCUCAGCACCACUCGCGCGAGCUGCGCCUGAUUCCCCAUAUAGCCUGCGAGCUUUAGCCCGCUGCUGGAGUAGCAGCUUGACCACCUCGGCUCCAGCAUAAUUGCUGCGCGCCCGCCCUUGCCUCGCCCAUAGCCUCUCGCACCUCACACCCACCACGAUGCCGUCGCAGCGGAGAAUGAGGGUCUUCGGCCUCCUCGUCGUCCUCACAGUCGUAAUCACACUCUACAUGACGAGAUCGGCGCGGCAGACUCGCAAUUCAGACUUCUACCUUAGGACGCAAGAAGCUCUCCAAUCAAGGGAGUAUCAGGAGGCAGCAAAACAGCGCGAUGAGGCAGACGUGCACUCGCGGUUGAAGGCAGCAGAAGAGGCCGCGAAGAAGUCGGCAGACGAGAAGGGCCAGAAGUUCUUUGAUUCGGUGGGAAGCGGCGGGAGCGGGGUCGAGAAACCCAUUGGAGGCCGCUAUCUCAUGAAGGAGCAGGAUGGCGAUGAGAAGAAGGUCGUGCAGGGCGUCGCUACAGUCGGCGGCCGCCCGCGUGACAAGGUGGCGAAUAAAGAACCCGAGAGCGACGAGGACCACGAGGUUGAAGUUGAGCUCAAUGCCAUCUUGAAGAAGAGCCCGAUUAUCAUCUUCUCCAAGACAUACUGCCCGCACUCGAAGAAAGCGAAGCACAUCCUCCUCGACAAGUACCGCAUCGUCCCCGCCCCAUACGUCGUCGAGCUGGACGAGCAUCCUCUCGGUUUAAAACUACAAGAGAAGCUGGCAGACAGCACAGGAAGGAAGACGGUCCCGAAUAUCCUCAUACUAGGCAGGAGCAUCGGCGGCGGUGACCAAAUUCAGGAACUGGACGAAACAGACAAGCUCAUCGACACGGUGAAGAGCAUGGCCAGCGCACGCGUGAUCGAGGCAGAACGGCGGCGGAUCCAGUCUGAGAUGCGACGAAGGCGCGUGUAAGCGCCCACGUGGCGUACCAUUCUACGUUCGUUUUCGCUUCUUGUGCAUAUUUUGGAAGUUUACAUUUGGGCGGCGUUAUUCAACGGAAAAAGGUCUUCG